CUUGUGCUUUCUUUUCCAGGCAUCUGACCCAGACAGAAACCAGCUACGAUGUGAGGGAUCAAGAACCGUUGGCAGUAAAAGAGGCCCUGGACGAAUGACAUCAAUGGCUGAAGGAGACUAAGCAUGUAUUUGUGGUUCCCAUGGACCGGCAACACGACUCGCAGAUGAAGAUGAAGGUGAUGCUGAUGAGCGUCGGGAACAGCAGCACGGGACACCAACCCAAACCCCAGGAGCGGGACAAGUGGGGCAGUAAAAUGGAGUUUGUCCUGGCAGUGGCUGGGCACAUCAUUGGUCUUGGGAACGUCUGGCGGUUUCCGUACCUUUGUUACAAAAAUGGAGGCGGGGCGUUCUUCAUACCUUAUGUUUUGUUCUUGUUCACCUGCGGCAUCCCCCUCUUCUUCCUGGAGACGUCCCUGGGCCAGUUCACCAGUCAGGGUGGAAUAACAUGCUGGAGAAAAAUAUGUCCACUUUUCGAAGGUUUGGGCUAUGGAAGCCAGGUGGUCGUUUUGUACACCGGUGUGUACUAUAUUAUCAUACUGGCCUGGGCCUUCCUCUACCUCUUCUCCUCCUUCAGUUCUGAACUUCCCUGGGCAAGUUGUCAGAACAGCUGGAACACAGAGCACUGUUUCAAGCCCGGACACAAUUUUUCAGACUCCGGGCAUCUUCAUGGAAAUAUAUCUUCAGUCAUCGAAUUUUGGGAGAGACGGGUACUGGGUUUGUCCAGUGGAAUUGAAGACAUUGGGAAUAUCCGUUGGGAUUUGGCUCUUUGCCUGCUGCUUGCCUGGGUUAUCUGUUACUUUUGUGUCUGGAAAGGAGUGAAGUCUACAGGAAAGGUAGUCUAUUUCACCGCUACUUUCCCAUAUUUGAUGCUGGUGGUGCUGCUGGUUCGUGGCCUUACAUUGCCGGGGGCAAAAGAUGGAAUAAUGUACUACUUAUACCCGGACCCAUCCCGCCUCACUGAUCCGGAGGUUUGGAUGGAUGCCGGUAGCCAGAUUUUCUACUCUUACGGAGUUUGCACGGGAGUUUUGACAGCCUUGGGAAGUUACAACAAUUACUCCAACAACUGUUACAGAGAUUGUGUUUACCUGUGCCUGUUAAACAGUUUAACCAGCUUUGUAGCUGGAUUUGCCAUUUUCUCCGUGCUUGGCUUCAUGGCAUAUGAACAGGGCAUGGACAUCUCAACGGUGGCUGAAUCUGGUCCUGGCUUGGCGUUCAUUGCUUACCCUCGUGCCGUGGCGUUGAUGCCAGCGCCCCAGCUCUGGGCCGUCUUCUUCUUCUGUAUGAUCAUCUUCCUCGGGUUAGACAGUGAGUUUGUGUAUCAUGAGGCUUUGGUCACAGCAAUCACCGACAUGUAUCCUUCCUUCUUUCAUCCGGCCUAUCGGCGUAAACUCCUUCUCCUUGCCAUCUGUGUGGGAAGUUUCCUUGUUGGCCUGGUGAUGGUUACAGAGGGUGGACUUUAUGUUUUUCAACUGUUUGACUACUAUGCCUGCAGUGGAAUGACCCUCCUCGUUUUUGCAAUUCUCCAGUCAGUCUGCGUUGGAUGGGUAUAUGGUGCAGAUCGCCAGUAUGACAAUAUAAAGGACAUGAUCGGCUAUCGGCCCUGGCCUUUCAUGAAAUACUGUUGGCAGUACAUCACCCCUGCUGUUUGUAUGUGCACAUUUCUCUUUUCCGUGGUCAGAUACACCCCUCUUAAAUUCAACAACACUUAUGAAUACCCCUGGUGGGGCUACGCCAUCGGGGGGUUCUUUACCCUCUCUUCAACCCUCCUUGUGCCUUUAUGGAUGCUGUAUGCCAUGAGCGUCACCCCCGGAACAAUCAAACAGAGAGUGAAAACACUGUGCACUCCGGCCAUAGAGCAGCCCACGGCAAAGGCAGCGUUCAACCACGAAGCAUUUGAGACGUUCACGGAGUUGCACACGCUGCGCAUGGUGACCCAGAGCCCAGACCCGACCUCCUUCAUCUGAAUCCAGAGCCUAGACCAGAGGACCUCCUUCAUCUGAACCCAGAACCCACACCAGACCAGAGGACCUCCUUCAUCUGAACCCAGAACCCACACCAGACCAGAGGACCUCCUUCAUCUGAACCCAGAACCCAGAUCAACCCAGAUCAGACCAGAGUACCUCCUUCAACUGAAUCCAGAUGCCAGGCCUUGGGCCCAUGCCAUGCAGCAGUUUCAUACUACAACUCGUAAUCCCCCCUCCUUUUUUCUCCCAAAUUGUACUUGGCCAAUUACCCUACUCUUCCGAGCCGUCCCGGUCAUUGCUCCACCCCUUGCUCAUCCAGGGAGGGCUGCAGACUACCACAUGCCUCCUCUGAUACACAUGGAGUCGCCAGCCGCUUCUUUCCACCUGACAGUGAGGAGUUUCACCAGGGGGACAUAGUGUGUGGGAGGAUCACGCUAUUCUUUCUAAAUUUAUUGCUGAUUUUUCCCCUUUUUUCUCCCAAUUUAGUGGCCAAUCGAUCCCUAUUUUAGUUCAAACAUCCACCCUCGUACUACAUGCGUUCGUCAACUGCAUCUCUCUGGCCGGCAGUCUCGAAGGAGACCGCCUCCCCACUUUCGUGACAAGGCGACUCCAGGCCGAACCACUGCUUUUUCCCCACACACACAGAGACACAUUCAUGUGACGAACACAAGCUGACUCCGCCCCCCUCCCGCCAAUUAUUGCUCCUUCAUCGAGUUCGGCCAUAGUCGGAUCUGACGAGACCGAGGCGCGAACCCCAGUCCCCAGUGGGCAACUGCAUCGACACAAAGCCGAUGCUUAGACCGCUACACCACCGCGGACCCCAGGAUCACGCUAUUCUACCCAGUCCCCCCCCUCCCCCGAACAGGCACCCCAACCAACCAGAGGAGGUGCCAGUGCAGCGACCAGGACACACCCACAUCCGGCUUCCCACCCGCAGACAAACCGGCGAGCCUUGUGUUGGUAGGCAACAGAUUAGACUACCUUCUACCUGGACGCCCUCAGCUCAUAAUUUUGGUAAAGAUCAAAAUGACAGAGUCAGUUAACGUCUGACCUUUGAGCUUUUGUGUGUAAUUGUAUUUAUAAGGGACAGUAUUACAGUCAUACGGUCAAUAUGAGCGGGUCAGUCAUUUUAGUGACUUCUGUGUUAUGGUGUUUUCAGAACUUUGGUUUGUUACAGACGUCUGUAAAAUCACAGGAUUUGAAAUUACGGCGUUUGCAAAUGUACGGCACCAAAAUGCUCAGCAGUGUCACAUGUUUCUCGUUCUGUUACUUACAAUAAUGGAAACUGGUUUGACUUAUUUUUCUUUGCUAAAUCUUGGUUUUGACACACCGUGUUCAUCCUGCUGUUUCGGUCCUUGAACACUACCAUGAAACAUUACGGAUGAGUUAACGAAGGAAGAAAGAUAUGAUAGAAGAGGGGAAAAAAGAGGGGAAGAAAUGGCAAAGUAAAUAAUGAAAUAUUAAAUUGUAUAUUAUAUUUAAUCUAUUGUCUCGGCCACAGUUUGCAAUAUUCACUUUAGUAUAUUACCCGUCUGUUAAACACAAAGGUUACGUUUACAUGCACGUAGUAUGUAUACAUGCACCAAUGAUACUAUGAGAGUUCCUGCAGACUUUGGUUCAACACAUAACUGAGUUUCUGCAGAGUAACCCCCAAACUGCAGCCAACAUGAAGGAAACGGUCUCCUCAACAAGGUCCACACAAACUUACACCAAGCAAACCUUCUGCACGAAGCACGAUGACCUUGGUCAAAGGUCUUUGUUCUCGAGGUAAAAACCAUUUGGGCCACACCUUCAUCUCUAGUUUACAGAAUCCAGUGGAUUUCAGAAGUGGUUCACUGGUGAUAUUUUCCUGGGCAGCCCAGCUCGGAGCUGUCUAAAG